ACGUCAUCGGCAGUCGAAGGACCCCGAGAGCCGAUCCUUUUGGAUCUUGCACCGACACCGUCUGCUCUCGUCUGUUUUCCAGGCGAGGCGCAGCUCAACUCGAACAAGGCCUCUGAUACGAAGCUUGUAGUAGCCACGUGAUUAAAAUAGCUAGUCACGAGACAGAGAGAUCAGGAAGAAUGUGAAGCUGCAGCUUGAGUGCUCUUCACGCGCUCCGAUAAACAGCUCAGGAUGUUCCGUGUUUUGUGUCUGUUUGCUGCCUUCAAGGCGGGCAUCCUGCUGGACUCCGGCAUGCUCUUUCCCCAGGAGUCCUCCUCCAGGGAGGUGAAGGAGCUGAACGGGCUGUGGGCAUUCAGGGCGGACAGAUCCCCCACCAGGAACCAGGGCUUCCAGAGGGCUUGGUAUAAGAGUCGCCUUGCAGAGACUGGUCCAGUGAUUGACAUUCCAGUUCCCUCCAGCUACAAUGACGUCACACAAGAUCCAAACCUGAGAGAUUUCAUUGGCUGGGUGUGGUAUGAGCGAGAGGUGGUGGUGCCAGCCCGCUGGAUCUCUGAUGGGAAGACACGAGUGGUUCUCAGAGUGGAAAGUGCUCACUAUUAUUCGAUAGUGUGGGUGAACGGAGUGAAGGUGACAGAGCAUGAAGGCGGUCAUCUUCCCUUCGAGGCUGACAUAGAUGGUUUACUCCGGGAGGACCCCACCACCACGACAUGCAGGAUCACCAUUGCUGUCAACAACACCUUGGAUCUGCACACUCUGCCUCCAGGCAGCAUCCAGUACAUGAAAGACCGCACAAUGUAUCCUGAGGGUUUUUUUGUGCAAAACACCAACUUUGAUUUCUUUAACUACGCUGGGAUACAUCGUUCUGUACUCCUCUAUACGACGCCUAAAGCUUAUGUGGAUGACAUCACUGUUGUUACAGACUUCUUGGAUAGUACUGGUCUUGUCAGAUACAACGUGUCCAUCCAAGGAGCAACUUUGGUGACUCUGAAAGUCACUUUGAUAGACAAAGAUGGCCACUGUGUGGUCUCCUCUAAUGACACAUCUGGAGUGCUUAAAGUGGUAGAUGUGAAGCUGUGGUGGCCAUAUUUGAUGCAUGAAAAUCCAGGUUAUCUUUACUCUUUGGAGGUGCGCCUAAAUGCUGCUGAUGGUACAUCAACAUAUGAGGAUGUUUAUUCUCUACCAGUUGGCAUCCGAACCGUCAAAGUCACCAAAAACCAGUUUCUCAUCAACAAUAAGCCGUUCUACUUCCACGGGGUCAAUAAGCACGAGGACUCUGAUAUUCGUGGUAAAGGCUUUGACUGGCCCCUAGUUGUCAAAGACUUCAACUUAAUGAAGUGGUUAGGGGCCAACUCGUUCCGCACAAGCCACUACCCCUACGCUGAGGAGAUCCUGCAGAUGUGUGACCGCCAUGGCAUUGUGGUGAUAGAUGAGUCCCCAGGAGUGGGCAUCAAAGACAUUCGCAGUUUUGAGAACGCCUCCUUGACCCACCACCUAGAAGUCAUGGAUGAGCUGGUACGCCGGGACAAGAACCACCCCUCUGUGGUCAUGUGGUCUGUAGCCAAUGAGCCAGCUGCAGAGAUGCCACCUGCUGGGUUUUAUUUCCAAAUGCUGAUAAAACACACCAAGGUUCUGGACCCUACUCGGCCCGUCACCUUCAUCACAGACAGCAACUAUGCAAGGGAUAAAGGAGCUCCCUAUGUGGAUGUCAUCUGUGUAAACAGUUACUUCUCCUGGUACCAUGACCCGGGCCAUCUGGAGGUCAUCCAGAUCCAGCUCAACACCCAGUUUGAGAACUGGUAUGGAAAGUACCAGAAACCCAUCAUCCAGAGUGAAUAUGGGGCAGACGCAGCGCCGGGGUUUCACAGUGAUCCACCCGUCAUGUUUACUGAGGAGUAUCAGAAAUUAGUCCUGCGUGAUUACCACAGUGUGUUCGACCAGAAAAGGAAGCUAUACGUCGUUGGGGAACUCAUCUGGAACUUUGCUGACUUCAUGACUACUCAAGGUGUCACUCGUAUGGUGGGGAAUAAGAAGGGGAUUUUUACUCGGCAAAGACAACCCAAAGAGGCAGCUUUUAUUCUGAAGGAGAGGUACUGGAGACUAGCUAAUGAGACCGGCCGGCUGCCUCUGUGGACCAAGUAUCCCUGUUCACACUGACCCAUACACUAGUGAUCAGACUCAAUAUAAACUAUGUGCCUUGCUAUGAGAUCAAAUGUAGUAUUUUAGAAAAUCAGUUAUUAAAAUCAUUUUCUUUUUAGUUAAUUUACAAUGGGGAUACAUCAAUGUGAAAAUGUGGGCCAAUGUCGAUGUCCGAUAUUAAUAUCCCUGUUAAACCAGAUAACCAAUAUUUACCUAUAUUACAUUGAUAUAGGAAGAAAAUAUCAAUACACUGAAAUAUUGUGAUAUUUUGUAUCAAUUUGUUAUUGAGAAUGUAUAUGCAACCAGACCGAUAUCGUUAAGUUAAAAAAAAAUGACUCAAUGGCCAUUAACGAUGUUGAUGCUGAUAUAUCGUGCAUCCCUAAAUUACAACUAUUCUGUAAAACAUGACUGUUAUUUUUACUUCCUUCAGUGGAAUGGCAUGAAUAACUUUACAAAAAGAAAACAUGGUUGCUAAAAUGUUAAUUUUUAAGUAAAUAGAUGUCAAUCGUUCUGACCUCUUGUUGAAAGUGGUUGUUCAGUGCAAAAUUUUAGUAUAUUUUUUUCUUUGUUUUUCACUCUAAAAUUAAUUGCUGAGCAAUAAAAUAUGCAGAGUAUUUUUAAUCUUAAUGUGAAAACUGAAUCUGACCAAAACUCUUACGUUUUUUUUAUAGGAAAAUGAGCAAAUAAUACAGUAUCUGAUGUAUUUCAAAGAAUAUAAUAAUAAAGACAAUGAUUCUUUA